AUGAUACCUGUUCCCAAUAACAUGACAUCAUACCUGCAACCCUUAGAUUUAAUGGUCAAUCGCUCACAGCGAGUCCAAAACCCAAACAGAGAAAGGUAUCCACCCUGAUAAAGGGUAUUGAUUUGAGAAUCAGCGUGCUCAGACCACUUCAUGCAAAAUGGGUAGUGCAGUUUUAUGACUACAUGCAAUCGAUUAAGGACAUUGUGCUCAAAGGUUGA